AUGGUCUCCUUUUCUGCCAUGGCCAUUGGCCUCUCUACUAUCCUAGUAGCCCUGGCCCUUCCUAGUGACAUGUCUAGUGAUUUGUCUAAGCGUCAGACGAUCACUACCAGCCAGACCGGCACUAACAACGGCUACUACUAUUCCUUCUGGACCAAUGGAGCUGGCACUGUUGAUUACACCAAUGGUGCUGGUGGUGAAUACAGCGUCACUUGGUCCAACGCCAACGGCGGCGACUUUACCUGUGGAAAAGGCUGGAAUCCCGGCAGUGCUCAGGACAUCUCGUUUUCCGGAACCUUCAGUCCAAGUGGAAAUGCCUAUCUGGCCGUCUAUGGCUGGACCACUAGCCCCCUGGUUGAGUACUACAUCAUGGAAAGCUACGGAAGCUACAACCCGGGCUCUAGCAUGACUCACAUGGGCACUGUUACAAGUGACGGUGGAACGUACGAUAUCUACACUCACCAACAGGUCAACCAGCCCUCAAUCACCGGCACGGCCACCUUCAACCAGUACUGGUCGAUCCGUCAGAGCAAGCGAUCCAGCGGUACCGUCACAACCGCUAACCACUUCAAUGCCUGGGCUGCUCUGGGCAUGAAUAUGGGUGCAUUCAACUAUCAGAUCUUGGUCACUGAGGGCUAUGAGAGCAGCGGCUCUUCUUCUAUUACCGUUUCGUCGGGUGGAUCUUCGCCUGGUGGUGGCACUACUACUACAACAACAACUAAAACUACCACUACUACCACCUCUUCUGGCGGCUCUUCUACUGGCAGUUGCUCUGCUCUUUAUGGCCAAUGCGGUGGCAUCGGUUGGACUGGACCGACCUGCUGUGCCUCUGGCACUUGCAAGUACGGAAAUGCGUACUACUCACAGUGUCUGUGA